AUGGGGUCAAAAGAGCCAUUCGAUUGUGCGGUUUGUCUUUGUGAAUUCUCAAAACGAGAUAAGCUACGGUCGCUUCCUUUAUGCAGCCAUGCUUUUCACAUUCAUUGUAUCGACACUUUGUUGCUUUCAAAUUCGAGUUGUCCUUUAUCCAAAGGUACACUUUAUACUCUUGAAUUUUCGGUUGAAAAUCCAGUCUUCGACUUCCAUGAUGAUUCAAGGGAAGAAGAUGAUCAUGUAGCCACAAAUGGUAAGAAAAGAGAUGAGAAAGAAGUGGGGGAGAAUAGUAACAGUAAUCUUGAUGCAAGAAGGUGCUUUUCAAUGGGAUCUUAUGAGUAUGUGGUGGGAAACUCGGAAUUACAACUUAUAGCUAUUGGCUUAGAACUAGCUGCUGUUUGGGAAGCUAUCUGUCAAGCACAUGUAUCAGUUAUAAAUGGAAUUUUUGUUAAUUACUGGGCUUGUAUCAACUUCUCAAGAACUGUUCCAGAUAGUGCUGCUCAAAGUUUUUGUCAUCAGUUGGUCCAAAUGUGCCAAGAAUCUGGCAUGGAAUUUAAAAGUGAAAGUGUGGUUCCAAUCUACUCUGCAAGACCAGAUCAGGUCAAGAAGGCUUUAAGGCACAUGUAUACAGCCACUGUAAAACAAACUUGGAGGAAAAGAGUUGGAAUUGCUUAUUACCAUUCUCCCUGA